AUGAGCCCGCUCCGGGCGGCGGCUGCCAGGGGUCUCCGGCGGAGCGGCGGGAGGGCGGUCCCGCCUGCGGGACAGAGCAGGAAGGGCGCGUCGCCCCGCGGAGCGCCGGCUCCGCCGCCCGCCCGGCAUCUCUUCAGCGACCCGGCUGAGAUCGAGGCCUUGCGUGGCAACCUGCUGGCUUGGUACGACAAAUGGAAGCGGGACCUUCCCUGGAGGACGCUGGCAGCAACUGAGCCAGAUGCCGACAGACGGGCGUACGCAGUGUGGGUGUCUGAGAUCAUGCUCCAGCAGACACAGGUGGCUACAGUGAUCGACUACUACAACCGCUGGAUGCAGAAGUGGCCAACACUGCAGGCUCUGGCGCAGGCGUCCCUGGAGGAGGUGAACGAGGUGUGGGCCGGACUCGGCUACUACUCAAGAGGGAAGCGUCUGCAGGAGGCAGCAAGGAAGGUGGUGUCCGAGCUGGCCGGCCGGAUGCCCAGGACAGCUGAGGAUCUGCAGAAGCUGCUGCCGGGAGUGGGCCGAUAUACGGCAGGAGCCAUUGCGUCUAUCUCAUACGGGCAGCUUGGCCUGUGGGUUGGCCGCAUGUGUACCCCCCUCCAUCCUGGGAGCACCCCAGCUCCCUGCCUUGCUGGGAGCACAGGCACCUCCCGGCACAGUAACCCCAGCUCCUGGUCUCAGGCGACUGGCGUGGUGGAUGGGAACGUGAUCCGGGUCUUGUGCCGCCUGCGGUGCAUCGGUGCUGACUCCAGCAGCCCCGCCAUCAUCGACCGACUCUGGGACAUGGCCAAUGACCUGGUGGACAGGAGCCGCCCCGGGGAUUUUAACCAAGCCCUGAUGGAGCUGGGGGCAACUGUGUGUGUGCCCAAGGCCCCGCUGUGUGGGGAGUGCCCCGUGAAGCAGCACUGCCGAGCGCGGCGCAGGGUGGAGAAGGAGCUGGCCUUCGCCUCUCAGAAGCUGUUUGGAAAACCCACCCCAGUGCCUGAUGUUGAGGACUGUGGUGUUGGGGGCUGUCCCCUGUGCCCCCCAGCUGCGGAGCCAUGGGACAGCAGCCUGGGAGUGACCAACUUCCCCCGGAAAGCAGCGAAGAAGCAGCCGCGAGUGGCGCGAACGGCCACAUGUGUGCUGGAGCGGAGGGGCUGCCACGGGGCCCCAGAGUACCUCAUCGUGCAGAGACCCAGCUCGGGUCUCCUGGCCGGGCUCUGGGAGUUCCCCAGCCUCCCACUGCCUCAGGGUCUGCAGGAGGAGAAGCAGAGGGAGGUGCUGGCAGAUCACCUCCGGGCCUGGACGGGGUGGCCUGUAGCGGCGGAAGGCCUGCGGUUCAUCGGAGAGGUCAUCCACAUCUUCUCUCACAUCCACCAGACGUAUGUGGUCUACUCCCUGCCCCUGGAUGGGGAUGUGACCCUGGAUCCUGCCUUGUCCCCAUCCCGCUGGGUGACGGAGAAGGAGUUCCACGCUUCGGCUGUGUCCACGGCCAUGAAGAAGGUGCUGAAAGCGCAUGAGAAGCGGCAUGGGGAGGAGAGCAGCCCUGGCAAGAGCUCCAAGCGGAAGCGGGGGGCAAAGCCCCAGGGAGCAAGCAGCACCUGCCCUGGGACGCAGCUCUCCCUCCGCACCUUCCUCCAGGCACCCACCUGCCCUUGAUGGCACCUUCGACGUCUGAGACCACGGGAGACCUGCACUGCGGUGGGUCCUGCCUGUGGUGUGGGGAUGGUGCCCCCCAUACCACUGCAUGCCCCACCCACGACCCUGUAAUGGUCUCCUGCUCCUCCUUGUAGAGUCUGCCUGCUCCCCUGUGGGAGCUGUGCCUUGGCAUGGCCACCGUGGUCCUGGACAUGACGUGGAGCCAGGCUUGCCCUCCCUGCUCGGCUGGAGCCCUCCUUGGGUUAUGUGGUCUGGUACAGCCGUCGCUCUGGCACCGCGGACUCGGGGCAGCAGGGAUUUCUCUCCGGCAGCAGGAAGGCUGUGGCCACGUCGCUCCUGCAGCCCCGUCCCCAGCUGCAUGCCUGCACCUCUCCUGCCAGCCAGCAACUGUGGAUGCUCCUCUACCCUUCCUGGCCUCCAAUAGCCCUUUUUAUACACUUAUUUUUACUGAACCUGAGCCACAGGCUUUCUA